UGCUCCUCAGAAUUACUUUUUAAAUUAAUUAGCCAAAAAGUAAUUUUGAAAAGAAAAAUAAAUUUCAGCUUGGCCAAACACGCUCUAAGGUAAACUUUAGUGCCUUAGGAACAGUACUUCUCCCUUCACUUACAAAACCAAAGAGCUCUUUGGCGAUUUGCUACUUCCGGCCAAAUCCCCUCAAUCUCAGGUUCUUAUUGGCGAAUGUUGCUCUGAUGUCUCCAAAUCUCAAGAAGCAGUGUCGUCAAACUUUAACUACUGAUGUACUUAGCAACCUUCCUGAGAAUGUAAUUGAUGAUAUUCUUAUGUGUUUGCCUUUUCAAGAUGCUGUGAGGACAAGCAUCUUAUCGAAGAAAUGGAGAUAUAUCUGGUGCAGACUUCCAAAGUUGACGCUUGAUGAAACACUUUGGACAACUCAAAAGGAUUUGAGAUCCCUUAACAUUUACUUUACAAAGAUUAUCUUCAAUAUUUUCACCUUUCAUUCAGGACCUAUUACAACGUUUACCCUCUGCAUUCCUCAUUCGGGAAUGUGUACAAAGAUUGACAACUUGAUAUAUUUUCUUUUUAGGAAUGGCAUUGAGUAUCUUUGUCGUAAAUCAUACAAAUUGCCUUCUUCAUUUUUCACAUGUUUGCAUUUAAAGCAUCUGACUCUCGAAGGUUGUUUAAUACUUCCUCCACCCUCCUUCAAAGGAUUUGAUAAGUUAACUAGCCUGGAAUUACGUGGCGUAAAAAUUUCUUCUGAGUUGCUUGAAAGUUUAAUCUCUGGAUGCCCGUUGCUUGAACAUUUGGCGUUGAAAAUCUCAUAUACUUUAAGAAGUGUCAUUGAAAUUAAUGCUCCCAUCCUGAAAUCCUUUGACUUUGACGGCAAUAUAAGAUCUAUUUGCUUAAAACCUAUACCCCUGCUGGAAAAAUUAUCACUUGCGCAUUGGGGAUGGUAUGAUUGGGCAAAUAAAUUUUGUAUCACCAAGUUCUUUGAGUCUUUUUCUGCUCUCCAGCAUCUCCACUUGAGUAACAUAAUUACUCUCAAGUUCGUGCCCGCAGUAGCAGGUGAAUUACCGACUAGGCUUCCGUUUCAUCUUAACCAUGUGAAACGUCUGUACCUCUUUGGUCAUUGUCUGUGUGAAUUAUGUGAGGUCUCCUAUGCUCUUUGCUUGAUGAGAAGCAUGCCGUAUUUACAAUAUUUGGAAAUCGAGGUGGAUAAUAGCGUAGUCGUUGCUCCAGAAUCCCAUGAAGUUGAAGGUUUUUCAGAUGUGACAUUCAAUCACCUCAUGGAAAUCAAACUAGAAGGCAUUAUAGGCAAAAAUCCUCAGAUGCAGCUUAUCAAGCUUCUCUUAGCCAAGUCUCCGGUGCUGGUGAGAAUGAAAAUUGAGUCCUGGCUAUCUGUAAAUUCUGCUAGUGACUCGUCAUCAGAAAAAACGAAGAAUCUGCAAGAGUCAAAAUUACUCGCUGAGAUAUCAAAAUUUCAGCGUGCAUCACCGAAAGCAGAAGUUAUUGUCAAAAGUUUACUAGUAUAAGAUUACAAUCAUGUUCGAUCUUCACGCAUCUCUAAUUAAACCAUGAACUUUGGCUAAAUUGUUUUGGUUCUGGAAGUGAAUAGAUAGAAAUGAAUGUUGAUAUUGUUGUAUA